CGCAUAGCGACAGUACAGUGGAGUGUAUAAUCAUCGACAAGUCGCGACGCAGGGUGAAGAGGAUCCUGGGUCGCAAUUUCUGCAAAUUGCAUACGUUGAGCUUUGCUGUGCUAUAUAAAACAUCAGGCACUCUGGUAGUGGAGAUUAUGGCUGCUAGCGCCGACGAGACCAGUGGUAUUUGGAGUUCAAAAGUCAAGCAGUCGUUAGUAUGAGACCCUCCACUCUCUUUGUUUUGCUCUCAAUUCUGAACAGCCUCGUCGGCGCCAGCAAAGGCGCCAAAGGAUAUCAGACUGUGGGGAUCUACUAUGCUUAUAGUCUCGAAUGGCUUGCUAAGAACAAAGACCCAACUUAUGUUCAUACUUUAGCUGCCCCAUGCUAUAAAGGAAAGGACUGCAGUACAUUCGCAAAAUUCUUGCAAGCGGUUGUAACCGGUAUACAACUUGAAAGAGCUAAACAGGAUGGCAUUCUCAACUCUGGCGGACCUUUCGACAACAACAAUCCUGGCGACGAAGCGGCAAAAGCUUUUAACCAAAAUUCUGCUCUGACCGGACAGUUCGACAAUGAGAAGAUGUAUGGAGAUAAAUCUACAACUGUGCCCUUCUCCUCGAUGGCUGAGAAAGUCGCUGACGCCACGGAUCGAGCAAGAAUCUCGCUCGGCAGCGAAGGACAAGACAUAGUUGACAAAAUCGCCUAUUACUUCGAGGAGGUCGUCAAGGUUCGAAAGAUCGAAUUGUCCCCCGACAAGGUCACGGAUAUCAAAAAGAGCAAUCCCAAUAUCGAUUUCAGAACAAAGGUGGUAGACGACCUCAUCGAAAUAGACUGGGAAGCCACAUAUCAGGCCAAUCCCGAUCUUAAAGAGGGCCAGAGGACUGCAAGAGAUUUGGUUAAGAAAUACCAAAAAUUUGAGCCCGAGACUAAGCCCGCACAUCUGGCCGUUAUUGAUAUAGCUACCUCUCUCGUCAAUCGACUGCGGUCGCCACCUUGUGCGUAGCUGCAUGAGGAGCAGCGUAUCUCAUAUGAGACCUUUCAGUAUUGUUUACUAAGCCUGCUGCGUCCUCGAGGCAUGUGUUAGAUUGUUCUUCCUUCGAUCUGCUUUUUCUACUCCUGUAUUCUAUCUGCAAAGACAUCUUUCUGUUAAGC